CUAAAACAAAGCGUAUAUUCAUACAAGUAACGGAGAAGAUCUGAAAAUACCUCUUAAAUGUAAUUCAAUAUAUCUUUAUGCAUCAAAAAUGUAUUAUCUGAAAUCUGUCCCAUACAUGCAUUGAACAAUUUAAUUUCAAACCAAUGUGUUUUUGUUUAUCAAAGCGCGGUCACAAAUAACGUGUGUCGCAUCAUGUCACAUAGAAAGUUCUCGGCCCCACGUCAUGGUUCUCUUGGGUUCACACCCAAAAAGCGCAGCCGACGCAUUCGAGGAAAGUGUAAGGCUUUCCCACGAGACAGAAGGUCCCUCCCACCCCAUCUAACAGCAUUCAUGGGAUACAAAGCAGGAAUGACCCACAUCGUGCGUGAGGUUGAUCGUGUCGGCUCUAAAGUACACAAACGUGAGGUAGUAGAGCCAGUGACCAUAUUGGAAUGUCCACCAAUGGUCAUCGUUGGCAUGGUCGGUUAUGCCCCUACUGCAAAGGGCUUGAGGACGUUCAAAACGGUGUGGGCAGAGCAUUUAACCGAAGAAUGUAGACGGCGCUUUUACAAGGAUUGGUGCAAGUCCAAAAAGAAGGCUUUCACUAAAGCCUCCAAAAAGUGGGCAGACGAAGCUGGUUUGGCACAGAUAAGUCGUGACUUGAAGAAAAUCAAAAAGUACUGUACAGUUGUACGAGCUAUUGCUCAUACACAGAUGAGACUAAUGAAACAUCGGCAGAAGAAAGCACAUGUCAUGGAAAUCCAAGUUAACGGAGGGACUAUAUCACAAAAGGUCGACUGGAUCCGCUCACACUUUGAAAAACAGAUUCCAAUUUCAAACGUCUUUUCUCAGGAUGAAAUGAUCGAUGUUAUUGGUGUGACUAAAGGUAAAGGCUUCAAAGGCGUUACUUCUCGCUGGCAUACGAAAAAGCUUCCCAGGAAGACACACAAAGGUCUCAGAAAAGUGGCAUGUAUCGGCGCCUGGCAUCCCGCUCGUGUAGCAAGAUCAGUCGCUAGGGCAGGACAAAAAGGCUAUUUCCACAGAACAGAACUGAACAAAAAGAUCUACCGCAUCGGUAUAGGCUUACAAGCGCAGUUGGAGAUAGCAAAAGCCGAGGUUGCCAAAGAUGAUAAGGAUAAAAAUGUAGUCCCAAAGCCGAAGGGGAAUGCAUCCACAGAUUUUGAUUUGACAGCGAAAAAUAUCACACCUAUGGGCGGAUUCCCACAUUAUGGCGAAGUCAGAAAUGACUAUGUUAUGAUCAAAGGUUGUUGCAUGGGUCCGAGGAAGCGAGUCAUCACGUUGAGAAAAACCCUAAUCCCACAAGUUAAACCCCGAUCAAAGGAAAAGAUAGCGCUCAAGUUCAUUGAUACAUCGUCGAAGUUUGGUCACGGUCGGUUCCAGACACGAGCAGAGAAACAAGCAAUAAUGGGCCCGUUGAAAAAAACUAUGGGACACUGAAGAAUUGCUGUAUGAUUUUCAUUGCGAACAAUAUAUGUUGUGGUAGAAUCCCA